AGAAGAGCAGCAGCAGUAGCAGCAGUAAGAGUAAAGAUAAAGAUAAGGACAAAGAGAAAACCAAGGAUAAAGACAAAGAGAAGAAAGAGGAGAAAAAAUUGGAAACCAUCAAAGUGGAGGACAAGGGCAUAGGCAAAGAAGAGGAGAGCAAGAAGGAAGAUUUAAAACCUGAGGAAACAAAGGAAAAGGAAAAAGAAAAGGAGUCAGAGAAGAAAAAAGAGGUCAGUAAGUCUCGUCGUUCUCGGUCUCGUAGUCGCUCCCGUGACCGUAAGAAUCACCGAACGCGGUCUCGGUCUCGUAGCAAGAAACCGUCACGAUCACGUUCUCGCUCACGAAGUCGCACAAAAUCAAAGAGAUCACACAGGUCAACAAGAUCCAGGUCACGUUCACGACGCAGAUCUCGUAGCAAGUCACGAUCCCACAGGGACCGCUCCAGAGACCAUCACGGCCGCUCACAUGAACGAUCCAGACGACGGUCAAGGUCUUCUUCAAGAUCAAA